AUGGACAUCAACCGUUGUGGCCUGGGCAUCAAAGAGCCCGUCUUCCACCUUCCCUCUGACCUCCAGGGAAUCCAGGAGGACUUCUACGAGCACGGCAUCGCCUUCCUUAAGGACUGUGACGAGGUCAAGUUGGGCCAACUGGCAAACCAGCUUGGUGAAGUCGUCCGCCCUCGCAAUGAGAAGACCAGCGGAACUGGCAUUAGCAAUAUUCGCUACGAUCCUUCUUUGGAAGGCAAGGGCUACAGCUCUGAAGAACUUUACUUCCACACUGAUCGUAGUGGCUGGGACCUCCCCCCUCGUAUCCUGGUGUCUACUCUGAAGAGCAAGUCCACCGAUGGCGGCGCUUCCAUGCUGGCCAACACUUCUCGCAUCCUCCGGGAUAUCAAAGAGCAGGGUGAAGACUUUUAUAAGUUGCUUACCAACGCGAAGUAUUCCAGCUUCCGCUCGGAUGAUGGCGUGUUUGUUCCUCGUCCUAUCUAUGACGAGACCACUGGGCUGUUCCGCUUUCGUUUCGAUGACGGAAUCCAGCUCUCUGCAGCUAUCGUGAUCCGUUUCCCUCAGCUUUUUGAGACUAUCUAUCGCAACUCAUUUGCUGUCGCCUUGCAGCAGGGACAGGGAUACUUGCUGGACAAUCACAAGUUUUUGCAUGGCCGCACUUCCUUCACUGGAACCCGUGAGCUGCUGCGGGCCCUCGUCAACCUCCCAGCCCCUAAGUCGGUGGUCACUAUCCUCUUUGAUGUUGACGGAACACUCUGCCGCUCCGAGGAGAUGAGUGUCGAUGCCUUCUACUCCUGCUUGACUGAUGUCGCGGGUAAGCCAAUCACUCACGAUAAUACAACCGUGAGUCUGCAUGGUAGAACCGACCUCGGUUUGCUCCAAGAUAUCCUCGCUUUCCACAACGUGGAGUCCAAAACUUCUAUUGCUGAGCGAUUCCUCGAGUCUCACCCCAAGUAUCUGCAGGCAUCUCUCGAGAAUGGUUUCUCUUCGAUUCCCUGCCCUGGCGUCAAGGAGAUUCUGGAGUGGCUGGCCUUGAAGAAGGAGAAUGUCGACUCUCAAACUCUGAGAGUCGGACUGCUCACUGGAAAUUCUCGUGCGAACGCACUGCUCAAAAUCCGUGCUGCAGGCAUCGAAACCAACAUCUUCGACCUCAGCAUCUCUGCGUUUGGUGAUACCCACGUCGACCGGAUCUCUCUGAUCCAAGACUCCAUGAAAAAACAGCGCGCUAGAGACGGCUCCAACCUCCGUGAGAGCAAGGUCAUCAUUGUCGGCGACACUCCCCUUGAUAUCGAAUGUGCCAAGAAGGCCGGGUGUGCUGUUGUUGCGGUUGCAAGCGGUAAUUACAAGAUGGAUGACCUUGUCGUGCUCGAGCCCGACCAUGCUUGUGCGAAGAUCGAUGAGUGCAAGGACUACCUUGACUCUCACUUAAACCUCUCGGUUACCUCAGUUCCCCUUAACGAUAGCUGA